ACCUCGCCUUCCCUGGACGCGAGCGCGCGCCGCAGCUGGAAAAGCGGCGAAGACCGAGGACUUUUCUCCGGUUCGAGGGGCGCCCCGCAGGGCGCACCGUUCCAGUGCUGCAGUCGGACACGCCGCGGCGCCCGGGCCUCCGCAGGGCGAUGGAGCCGGGUCUGCAAGAAGCGUGAGGCGCCGCCGCUGGGUUCUGGAGAGGGGAGGCACCAGGUCUGGAGACCCCGGGCGGCGGACGGGAGCCCUCCCCCCGCCCCGCCUCCGGGGCACCAGCUUCGGCUCCAUUGUUCCCGCCCGGGCUGGAGGCGCCGAGCACCGAGCGCCACCGGGAGUCGAGCGCCGGCCGCGGGAUUUUCGCGACCCCACAAGGACCCGAACAGAGCCCGGGGACGUGGGGCCAGAGUGGGGAAGGCGGACACACACCCGCCCGUACAAGCCACGGCGAGCUCUCCCGAGGCGGAACCGCAGCGCCAAGUGAGAGUCAGCUUGAAAAGGAGAAUCAAGCUCAAGGUGGAGUAUCCAUGGAGGUGUGGAGGAGCCUUGUCACCAAUCUCUAACUGCAGAACUGGGAUGUGGAGCUGGAAGUGCCUCCUCUUCUGGGCUGUGCUGGUCACAGCCACACUCUGCACUGCCAGGCCGGCCCCGACCUUGCCUGAACAAGCCCAGCCCUGGGGAGCCCCUGUGGAAGUGGAGUCCCUCCUGGUCCACCCUGGUGACCUGCUGCAGCUUCGCUGUCGGCUGCAGGACGAUGUGCAGAGCAUCAACUGGCUGCGAGACGGGGUACAGCUGGUGGAAAGCAACCGUACCCGCAUCACAGGGGAGGAGGUGGAGGUGCGGGAUUCCGUGCCCGCUGACUCUGGCCUCUACACUUGUGUGACCAGCAGCCCCUCUGGCAGCGACACCACCUACUUCUCCGUCAAUGUCUCAGAUGCACUCCCCUCCUCGGAGGAUGAUGAUGAUGAUGACGACUCCUCUUCCGAGGAGAAAGAAACAGAUAACACCAAACCAAACCGUAUGCCCGUAGCUCCAUAUUGGACAUCCCCAGAAAAAAUGGAAAAGAAAUUGCAUGCAGUGCCAGCUGCCAAGACAGUGAAGUUCAAAUGCCCUUCCAGUGGGACACCCAACCCCACACUGCGCUGGUUGAAAAAUGGGAAAGAGUUCAAACCUGACCACAGGAUUGGAGGCUAUAAGGUCCGCUAUGCCACCUGGAGCAUCAUAAUGGACUCAGUCGUGCCUUCAGACAAAGGCAACUACACCUGCAUUGUGGAGAAUGAGUAUGGCAGCAUUAACCACACCUAUCAGCUCGAUGUCGUGGAGCGGUCCCCACACCGGCCCAUCCUGCAGGCAGGAUUACCUGCCAACAAGACAGUGGCCCUGGGCAGCAAUGUGGAGUUCAUGUGUAAGGUGUACAGUGACCCACAGCCCCACAUCCAGUGGCUGAAGCACAUCGAGGUGAAUGGGAGUAAGAUUGGCCCAGACAACCUGCCUUAUGUCCAGAUCUUGAAGCAUUCGGGGAUUAAUAGCUCGGAUGCGGAGGUGCUGACCCUGUUCAAUGUGACAGAGGCCCAGAGCGGGGAGUAUGUGUGUAAGGUUUCCAAUUAUAUUGGUGAAGCUAACCAGUCUGCGUGGCUCACUGUCACCAGACCUAUGGCAAAAGCCCUGGAAGAGAGACCGGCAGUGAUGACCUCACCUCUGUACCUGGAGAUCAUCAUCUACUGCACGGGGGCCUUCCUCAUCUCCUGCAUGGUGGGCUCUGUCAUCAUCUACAAGAUGAAGAGUGGCACCAAGAAGAGUGAUUUCCAUAGCCAGAUGGCCGUGCACAAGCUGGCCAAGAGCAUCCCUCUGCGCAGACAGGUAACAGUGUCAGCUGACUCCAGUGCAUCCAUGAACUCUGGGGUGCUUCUGGUUCGACCCUCUCGUCUCUCCUCCAGUGGGACGCCCAUGCUAGCUGGGGUCUCUGAAUAUGAGCUUCCUGAAGAUCCCCGCUGGGAGCUGCCUAGGGACAGACUGGUCUUAGGCAAACCCUUGGGAGAGGGCUGCUUUGGGCAGGUGGUGUUGGCAGAGGCCAUUGGGCUGGACAAGGACAAACCCAACCGUGUGACCAAAGUAGCCGUGAAGAUGUUGAAGUCCGAUGCAACAGAGAAAGACCUGUCAGACCUGAUCUCAGAGAUGGAGAUGAUGAAGAUGAUCGGGAAGCACAAGAACAUCAUCAACCUGCUGGGGGCCUGCACACAAGAUGGUCCUUUGUAUGUCAUUGUGGAGUAUGCUUCCAAGGGCAACCUGCGGGAGUUCCUGCAGGCCCGGAGGCCCCCGGGUCUGGAAUACUGUUAUAACCCCAGCCACAACCCAGAGGAGCAGCUUUCCUCCAAGGACCUGGUAUCUUGUGCCUAUCAAGUGGCCCGAGGCAUGGAAUAUCUUGCCUCCAAGAAGUGCAUACACCGAGACCUGGCUGCCAGGAAUGUCCUGGUGACAGAGGACAAUGUUAUGAAGAUCGCAGACUUUGGCCUAGCUCGGGACAUUCACCACAUUGACUACUAUAAAAAGACAACCAAUGGCCGGCUACCUGUUAAGUGGAUGGCUCCUGAGGCACUGUUUGACCGGAUCUACACCCACCAGAGUGACGUGUGGUCUUUUGGGGUGCUCCUGUGGGAAAUCUUCACUCUGGGUGGCUCCCCGUAUCCUGGUGUGCCUGUGGAGGAGCUUUUCAAGCUGCUGAAGGAAGGUCAUCGUAUGGACAAGCCCAGUAACUGCACCAACGAGCUGUACAUGAUGAUGCGGGACUGCUGGCAUGCAGUGCCCUCUCAAAGACCUACCUUUAAGCAGCUGGUGGAAGACCUAGACCGCAUUGUGGCCUUGACCUCCAACCAGGAGUAUCUGGAUCUGUCAAUGCCCUUAGACCAGUACUCGCCCAGCUUUCCUGACACCCGAAGCUCUACCUGCUCCUCAGGGGAGGAUUCUGUCUUCUCUCAUGAGCCGUUGCCUGAGGAGCCCUGUCUACCCCGACACCCUACCCAACUUGCCAAUGGUGGACUCAAACGACGCUGACUGCCACCCCCUUCCUUCCCCAACCUCCAUCAUCAACAGUGUCCCUUUCCCACAGCUCCCUGCUGGACUCACUGCCUUUCCCUGCCCCUUUCCUGCUGGCAGGAGUCAGCUGCCUACUUGGGGCCUUCCUGUGUGGCCUGCCUGCACCCACUGAGCUCUCUCUCUUCCUCCUCUUCCUCUCAACCUGCUUGUGAGAGAGAGGAGCAAAGAGGCAGGUACUUGCUGGUGGCCACUUUGUUCCUUCCCAGGUGUUGGACCAAGACCCCCUCCCUGCCACCCAGCACUGCCUGGAAGGUUGGGGAGUGGGAAGUGAGCAGGCAUGCAAGUGAGAGCUUUACUGAGCUUUCUAGUAUUGGUAUUGUCUGUUUCACCUUAACCUGUCAGUCCCUUGCAUUCUGGUGGCAGGUGCCUUGUCCUCAGGGCUACAGCAAUAGGGAGCUCAAUGCUUCAGCCUCAGUUGAAGGUAACCUCUGCUCCAGAUGGAUGGUGCCAGUGGCAUAUUAAUUCCAAUACUAAUUUGCUUUGCUGACCAAAUACCUGGUACCAGAGGAUGAUGAGGCAAAGACUGGGAGUAGUGGUGUGGCCCUGGGGCCCAGCCCUGAACUAGGGGCUUUGUAUAUAGCUAUGAAGAAAACACAAAGUGUAUAAAUCUGAGUAUAUAUUUACAUGUCUUUUUAAAAGGGUCGUUACCAGAGAUUUACCCAUUGGGUAAGAUGCUCCUGGUGGUUGGGAGGCAUCAGUUGCUAUAUAUUAAAAAAAAGAAAAAGAAAAAAGAAAAAAAAAAAAAAAGGAAAAUGUUUUUAAAAAGGUCAUAUAUUUUUUGCUACUUUUGCUGUUUUAUUUUUUUAAAUUAUGUUCUAAACCUAUUUUCAGUUUAGGUCCCUCAAUAAAAUUUGCUGCUGCUUCAUUUUUAUACGGGCUGUGUGAAAAGGGAGCAAAUGAACACAGGAAAGAAGGGAGACUAAGGGUCCGUGGGCUGUCUGUCCAGCGGGCACCAUGUUCCCUGCAGUUCCCUGGUAAUCUCUUCCUCCUAGGUUGUGCACCCAGACCUCCAGGACAAACUUCCUGCCUCUCCCAUGCUUUUGGAAAGGCAGGAAAAGAAGAUGUCUGCAUCUUGGCAGGAAUCAUGCCCUAGAGGUGCUGGGCAGAAAGCCAAGACCAAGCAGCCCACAACCACAGAUUGUUUCCUCAGAGGAAGCAGGGAAGGGGCCACAGAGAGGAGGGGCCUUGGAACAACCCAGGGGUAAAAAAAAAACCUAAAGUGACUGAGAGGAAAGCUAAAGACUGAUCAAAAAGGUCUGCAAAGACUCAAACCCAAGAUAGUUGGCUCCCCUAACACCUGUGAUGUGGGUGUAGCUUGGCCUGUGCCUCUGAGUGAGGGAAAACUUGUCAUCUACUUCUACAUUCAGGUCCCUUCACUUUAUCUUUUCCAGCCUCCUCUGUUUAUUAUUGUCCCCCAAACCAUUCUUCCUGUAUCUACAUGACCAGACUGCAUUUGUUGGGUCUAUCACAGUUCUUGGCUUCCUAUAGUUCUUCCUGUACAAACUCCACCUCCUCCCUCAGGAAAAGGAAAAAAAAAUCUCUAAAUGUUUUGGUUUUUGGCUACUUGGAAACUUCUGCCACCUGCUGGUUGUCACUGCCCUCACCAAGUGGAUUCUGGCUCUUCUAUACCUUAUUGUUCAACCUAGUACUACUCAGCCUGUCCUUAAAGCUUGCUUUUUGCUGGGCAACUGCUGGAACAAAAAAGUUCAGCAUUUCUGUAGGGAAAAUGGGAUUGCUGCUUUAAAUUAACUCUCUGAGCUGGGCAUAUUUUGGCAGCAGCUGUGUUGGUAACCAUUGUAAAAUUCCCUUAUCUUUGUUUCUCUCUGUAAAUAUGCAACUGUUGGCAUAUUACCAUUUGUGUUUAUGUUUAAAGAAGGCAUAAUUUAGUGAACGGAACCAGGAAAUGAAUUUUAGCUCUUAAAAUCAUGUGCUUUGAGACCAUAUAGUAGUGUCUUUCCUUGUAAUGGUGGUAAUUUCUGCCUUGGCCCUACCUGAUAUGAUUUUGUGUGAGUGGAUGGAGGAUCUAUAAAGGGCUUUAUAUGCCUGUAGGAGAGGUGCUAGAGAAAUAUAAGGUACCAUUAUUAUAACAAUGAUGUCCUUGCUAUUACUACUCAAAUCACCCACAAAUUUCCCCAGAGGAUGGGUUGGCUGUCAAAUAAAAAAUAGUGAAAUUGACCUGAGAGAAAAUGAAAUGACCAUUUUACUUAGAUGACCAGAUUCGUUCUCCUGGGGAAGGAAAUCCAGUUUAUCUAAUGAAGACAUUUUGCUGUCAAAGCACUGAAUCUGCCUGGUUUCCUGAGGGUUAAAAGAUUAGGGCCUGGGAUCACCAUAGCAUUAAUCAAUACUGCCUUUCCAUCUUUCCUAAUUGCCAUAGGCUGAAGAUCAUCAUUCCCUUGGCACUGCUAAUGUAAUGUAUUGAUCUCAGGUAAGUAAGAUUGAACAUGAGAUGAAGCAAGAAAUCUAUCUUAACAAACUCACUGUGUCUAUCAGUCACCACUGGGUGGCACCAGCAAGCUAAUCUCACACCAUUAGGGAAUGUGCCAGUUUGCUUUGAAGUAAUAUUAAUCUGACCUUACCUGUGAGUAUGUACUGGUGGUGAGUGACAAGUCUUUAGCCUAGGUUUAGCAUUACAGAGCAUUGAUUGGAUAUCACUAUUAUGAGUUGUACUGCAGUGAUUAAAUUACAGUAUUAUUCCUGGCACAAGUGCAGGACCAUAAGUGCCACCAACUCUGUAUUGGAACAGAAUUCUGUGUGAGUAAGACACCGGCUAAGUCUAACAUCACUGUGGUUGGAUGUUAGAGAAUACCAAAGAUCAGCAAUGAUAUUAGUAGCUGGUAGAGCCAAGGAACCUGCAUCUGCAGAGUAGAGUAGAGAGCAGUGAGAUAGAAAGGAGGGGGCUUCAAAGCAACCUGGCAUUGCCUUUCAUUCCCUCAACUGAUGAACCAGGAAGGGGGAAUAUCAACAAGAACUCAGAUGUUAAAGAAGACUCGGUAGGAGGCAAGUUCCCUCUGGUCGACACUUAGCAAUAUUGAAAACCUUCUGUAUCGUUCUGCCUCCCAGAUGCGUGCCUUGGCACAUGGAAGUGAUGCAUUGGGUAACUGUGAUGCCAACUAGUUCAGCUGUCUCUUGUGAUUCCAGGAGACCUAGAGCAAGUGGUGCACAUCUCUUUCCAACUCUGCAUUGUUCAGUGAUUUCAUGUUGGUGGCCUGAAAUCAGCCUGGUAGAAGUAUUACAUCACUGAAACCUGCAAAUGCUACAAAUUAGGGUUGUUCCCCCUCAGGUUUGAUUGCUAAUCAUGCCAGAGCAACAUCAGCCAGGUUUUGGCAUGGGGCUAAAUCUAACAGUCAUGGAACCCAACAGCCAAACACCCUAAGUGAUAAGUAUAAAGAAACAUUCCUGAGUUUUCUUGGACAGCUACUCUCUUUAAGAGGGGGAAGUGUGUCAAGUGUCUUACAUGCUUAGAUAUUAGAAAAAAAUAUGUGAAGGCCAACUUGGGCCAAAAGUGGCCAGGCCCCCUCAACCUAACCAUUCCCAAUCAGCUCAUAGGGAAAGGCUGAAAGAAUUGUAAACAACCCAAUUACAUAUGCAACUCAUUCAAAUGAAACAAACCUGAGCAAGUUUAGCUUAUUCCUUUCCCAUAAUUCAUACCUGAGAUGUAGACGAAUUAAAAAAAAAAAAACACCCAUCAUCUUAAAAAUGGGAAAAUUUAUUGUGAAUCACUUGGCUCUGCCAAUAGCAAUAUCCAUAGAAUCCUGUAUUCGCAAGUAGGGAUUCAUCAUCCUUAAGGAGCUGAAAUUAACUGGUAGGACAGGGUGGGUUUAUCCUCUGAUGGAGAAGUUUAGGAAGCAUUUUAAAGUGCAUGUUCUUGCUAUAAAGUGCUGGUGACAUUUAUCAUAUAGGUGGUUCCAGGUGAAGCAGAUCUGCAUUUUACUUGGUUUAAUUGACUCCACCUAACUUCUUUCAGUUUCACAGCAAGUAAUCUAAUUUCAUCACUCACAGGCUAAAAUACCUUUGUCCUUCUCACUUCCCCAAAGGAAGAAAGCUUUUGGUCAGCUGCAUAGCAAUCUGUUCAGUUGUUUCACUAUUAAUAAUAAUGAAAACACUGAAUAUAAAUAACUAAAUAUUCUACUUGUUACUAAGUAGCAUAGGGAUUAUAUCAAACUUUACCAACCCCUAUGACUAACAAAGUCUUAUUUGUGAGAGACAAACUGACCAAAAAACACACACCCAGCACAAACAAAUGGUUAAGCGUUAAACCCUUAAUUAUGUUUCUUAGCAAAAUGGUGGCUAAUGAAAGCCAUAUGUGCUAGAAUAGUGACCACCUCCCAGAUUCCAGCAGCCUUUGCAAGCCCAGGAGGAGGAUGUUUUGGAACAGUUAAGCAGUAGCCAAGUCUUGAUUGCCAGUCUGUUUAGCUUCCCAUUUUCCCUUCUAAGAAGCAUUUCCUUUAUAUCUAGAAAGACCUUACUGAGAAGUAUAUCCAUCCUGUCUCACAGGGUACUUUGUUUCUGUUCCUACUGAGGAUCAUUCUGAAAAAGUUGGCUUAGGUGCUCUUAAAAUGACUUUUGGAGUCUCCAAGUUCUGACUCAAGAUUCCAAACCAUAGGAGGCAAAGAUAUCCAAGGUGCCAAGAUAAUUCCAUUAUGCAAAACAAUUUCCUUUCUUAAAAGACAUGCACACAAAUAGGAAACUGUUAAAAAAAAAUACAUGGUGGUGGGGGUGGACUUUACAGCUUAGUGGGAUGACAUAAUGGUACAGAGGAAAUGGACUUUGCAAUUACAUUUCUCUAAAUGGCCUGAACUUGGUGUCACUGCUGACAUCAUCUGGAAUGUUUACAAGGCCCCAAAGGACUGCCCCAAGGACUAAAUGGCUGAUCCUCUAUCUCAAACCAGAUACUGUCUUAGCCUGAAGUUCUUCAUGGGUGCCACUGCAGAAGAGGGCUGAUAGCUGGAGGGAGCGAGCUCCAUCCUCAAGUAGUUCUUAGGCUCCUUUUGAAUUAGCCUUGCUGUUCUGGGAUGUCUUCUGUGAUUUGGCCUGGAGUGUCUAGGUAGAAAACAUAGGCAUUGGUUGCAAUUAGUAAUUUAUAAAUUUACUUUGGUAAUGAAAAUGAAGAAGACAGGUAAACAAGGCCCCCAAGUGCCUUGGGAUCACUUUCAGAAUGCUGUGUUCACAGAUAUCAGCAGCUUUGGUCCUCUGCCACUUCACAAUUCUACUGUCCUGUGACCUCCCCUGUUGUUUAUUUGUGUCAUGCUUUUUGCCCUUGCCCCAAACUCCUUCACUCAAAUGGGAAGAGUGAAUAGAUAAAUAUUUUUUUAUUUAUAAGUAUGUCUCCUAAAAUUUUAAUUGCUUUUCUUCUAGUGUUUCCUGACAUCAGAAACCUGUGUAAAACAUAACAUACAGAAACUAUUUCCAUCUAGUUCAUAAAAAAUAAGGAUCUGCCUGUAUUGUAAUUAGCUUCUAGACUUAACGUGUUUAGGUCUGGUCCACCAUGGCAUUUGUUGGUAAUUUUUUUACUUUUGGGUAAUUGAGGUAACAGGCAUAUAGUACAUCUUAUAAAAGAUGACUAAAGUUCUGCCUACAACUUCCUGUUUGGAUGACAGGAAGAACUGUGUGGUGUUUUGCCAUGGUCAUAAUUAUAGAUUCUCACUACCUUUAGAGAUAACUAGAGGGAAAGCUUUUUUCUGUUUUCUUUCUUGUUAGGUACUUACAGCUUCUUUAGAAGAAGUAAUGGGUCCUUUAGGUAAUGAAAUAGGUGUUGAUGGUGUUUUGGGUGAUGAUGACACUGAUGGCAGUUGUGUAAAUUCUUCAUCCUUAAACAUCACAAUUGAGAAUUGGAUUACUGAUGUUAAAACAGAAUGUGAUGGUUGCAAUUAAGGAUUACAAUAUUAAAACCAAAAGUGUCAUUAUAUAAGUUAAGCAUUCAUCAAAAAGAUAGAAAUUGGCAUCUUCUAUCUAGCUUUUCAAAUGUGGCAGUAAAAUUAGAUGGAAACAAUUAGAGAAGAGAAAACAUUUAGAAAUUAAAUGUAUAGUGGAUCUACUAUCAUGACUACCAAGAACAACUACUUCAUAUUCAGAAACAACUUCUUUAUGUUCUCUCGUUUUUGGCAGUUUUGGGGAUCAAACCCAGGGUCUUGCACAUGCUAAACAGGCAUUCUGCCACUGAGCUAUAUCCUUAGCCCACAACUGCUUCAUAUUCUGGAAUAGAAUUCAAAAGGCAAAAUCUGGAAUCCAGUUACAUAUAACCAAAUAUUGAACUUUUUUUUUUUUUUUUUCCCAGUGGUGGAGAGAUCAAACCCAGUGUCUUGCACAUUCUAGGCAAGGGUUCAACCACUGAGCCACACUCUUAAUCCCAAAUGUUAAACUUCCUUAGAAACAGAUCAAACAGUACAAUAAAUGUUCCUUAAUAAAGGAAUAAAUUCAGUUUCGUUGAAAGGAUUAAAAAUAGAGAAAAUUAAUGUAGCACUUUAUAUUUUUAACUUAAGCAAGAAGUAAUUGUCUAACCUUAGUUCCCUUCAAUUGAGGUGCAGAAUCUACCGUGUCUUCUUUAGAGUCAGGGGAAGUAGGUGAUUCCACAGGAAUGUCUAUCUUUGCAGCCUAAUGAAAAUAACAUUUUACAUAAGCAUUAGCUUUCUGCUUUUCCUGAAGCUCAAGUUCUUUUAUAGUAGUCAGUGCUUUUUAGCACAUUUUGCUUUCCAUUAAAUCCCUCACUUCCUCUCCAAACUACACCCUUUGUGAAUAACAUGAAAUAUGCCCCUGAAAUAGCAACUUAGUAUUACUAUUUGAGUUUUGAGCCCUCUACUUAUAAAUGAAGCACUCUAAUUAAAUUCUAGUACUUGAAAUCCUCAGUCAUUAACAAGCCAGUGACUUGCCAAUAUUGGUCCUGUUCUUAGUCUCAAAAAGAAGUUGCCAUUUCUCAAUUACUUAUCAGUUUCUAAUAGCAAUGACAUAGUCAAAAUUGACAUCUAUUGUUUUUAGUAUCAUAGUAAAUGGUAAAUUUGCCUGACUAAAAAUGUAGGCAUUGCUUAGUAAAAGCACCUAAAAAGCUAGGGGUAUAGCUCAGUGGUUAAAGUAUAUGCUUAGCAUGGUCUAGGCCCUCGGUAACAAGCAAGAUGAGGAAAGAUAAUAACAAUAGAUAACAGGUUAGAUGAAGGAGUAAUGAUAAAAUAAUUAGUCAAUCUAUCAUUAAAAAUUAUAUUAAUUAGAUUUUGAUAAAAAAAUCACUAAUUUUUGGAAAUAACCUCUUUUGUGUCCUUUGGAGGAAAGGAAGCUAUCUAAAUUCAAAGUCAUAGCAUUCUUUAUUUGAUAUCAUAAGUUCUUUUUGAAACCUGGUAUGCUACUUGUUCUCAUUUUAUAGAAGUUUAAAAACAUGAAUGAAAAGAACAACCAAUAAAAUUCCAAGGAGCUUGUCACAUUGUCCUUAAUUCCUUUUUCUUACUCCAGAAAUCAACAUCUAAAUAGAGUUAAUGCCCAUAAAGAAUAAUUUUGAGAAUCCAAAUUUAGCCUGAGACAUAUUCCUCCAAGAUUCCCUUGCUCCUGAAAGCAGUCUAAGAAUGACAAAAAAACUUAAGUCUGUUUUGAAUGGAUCCAGGGGUUUGAUCCAGAAGUCACUAGCCUGCCUUCAUAGUCUGUACAAAAUUGCCCCAAAUCAGAAUAUUCUGUGGAAAUACAUAAGGGGAAAUCAUUUACUGAAGUAGAUAUUCCAUGCUUCAACUAAUUAUCCUUGGCUUGGCCUAGGGAGUCAACAUCAUAUCUAAGAUUAAAAAUGACUGGUCCUAGCCAAGUACAGUAGCACACUUCUGUAAUCCCAGCAGCUCCAGGGGCUGAGGCUGGAGGAUCACAGGUUCAAAGCCAGUCUCGGCAACUUAGUGAGACCCUGUCUCUAAAUAAAAUACUGAAAAGGGAUGGGGAUGUGGCUCAGCAGUUAUAUGCCCCUGGGUUCAAUCCCUGGUACAAAAAAACAAAACAAAAAAAGAAAAAAGACUUGUCCUCACUUUGAGUACUUAAGACUAAUCUGCUAAACCACAUGUGUAGCAUCUUCUACAGUCAUAUUUCCUUUCUUGCUUAUGAAGACUAGAAACCACAUAGUAGUGAAAAGCUCUUUCUGAUGUACCCAGAGCAAAGUGCUGCAGUGCUUGGGCCUAUCCUGAGUUGGUUCUUCGGUGAAAUAACAGGAGGAAAAAAGUUGCUGAGUUGAAGGCAAAAAAAGAGUAAGGAAAUGAGUUGAGUGUCUUUAAUUUUUUCUUUUUAGAAUUAUAAAGAAGAUGUUAAAGCUAGUUGGGCCAAAUUCCAAAAGAAAUGCCAGCUUUGACUAUAAGAGGAAACAAGACAGUUGUGGACACAUACAGAUUCUCCCUGAACCCAGUUACUCACUUCUGCACUUUGUGGUAUCUCAAUUGGCUUUGGCUUCACAUCUAUCAGGUAGAAGGUGCGUGACAGGAGCAAAAGAGAAGGAGGGACGUUCUCCUUCAAGUGGAGGUCCAGCCACUGGACAAAGAAUAAAAUAUAAUAGAAUCACAGAAUGUUAAAGCUGAAGUGACCCACAGUCAUCUAUUGCUUCCCUCAGCUGCAACUUCCCCCCACUUAUGCUGAACAAGUAUAAAAACACCAGGCAACUGACUUCUCUUCCAGUGCUAGUACUUGGCAGCAGCACACACACACACACUGUAGUGGGAUCUCAGACCCGGAGAGGGAGCAACUAAGUUCCCGAUCCAAUUAUGGAUUAAAGUAAUUAAGCAUCUUCUCUAAGACAAAAAGUGGCAUGAAAGAAUAAAUCGGUUUCAUUAACCAAACAAACAUUAGAAUGAGGAUGAGAUGUAAAAUUUUAAGUAUUAAGUAGGCCAAGCUUUUCUUUUUUAAAAUGUUUUUAGAUCAUUCAUAAAUAAACAAAAGACAAUUCAAAAAGUAAAAUGCUUUCAAUAAAAAUAAGUCUGGUUCUUCCACCCUCUUUCCAUGCUGCCAUAAUGGUGUGCCUGAAUGUCCUGGCUGAUGCUUUCAAGAGCAUCAACAUGCUGAAAAGAGGCAAAUGCCAGGUUCUUAUUAGGCUGUGCUCCAAAGUUGUCAUCUGUUUUCUGUAAUGAUGAAGCAUGGUUACAUUGGUCAGUUUGAAGUCACUGAUGAUCAGGGCUUGGAAAAUUGUUGGGAACCUCACAGGCAGGUUAAACAAGCUGUGAUCAGCCCCAGGUUUGAUGUGCAGCUCAAAGAUCUAGAAAAAUGGCAGAAUAAUUUGCUUAUCCUGUCAGUUUGGUUUCAAUGUAUUGACAACUUAAACUGGCAUCACAGACCACGAAGAAGCAAGGCAAAAAUACAGGAGAGAAAAUCCUGGGAUUCUUUUUCUAGGGAUGUAAAAUAUAAAAGAUGUUGAAGGAAAAAAAAAAAACAAGUCUGCCUUCCACCCCUAUUCUCAAGGCACCUUCUUCCCUAGAAGUAACCUU